AUGGCAACAAGCCCAUAUGAAAUUGAAAUAAUUCAAAAAAAGGCUAACUAUCAUCCUGAUCCUACAAAAGUUUUUAAUCAUCUUUGUGGAUCAAGAUCAGCAACAUUGUUACUUGAAACUGCGGAAGUUAAUAAAAAAAAUGAUUUAGAAAGUAUAAUGAUUGUUGAUAGUGCAAUACGUGUUUCUGCCAUAAAAAACCUAGUUAGCAUAACUGCUCUAUCUGCUAACGGAGCAGAAAUAUUAUCUGUUUUAAAGAAAAAUCCUCAUAAACAAUUAAAAAUUUUUGAAAAAGAUAAUAGUAUUAACUUUAUUUUCCCACCUAUGAAAAAAAAUAUUGAUGAAGAUGAAAAGAUUUUUUCAUUAUCAAUAUUUGAUUCAUUUAGAUUCAUCAUAAAAAUUUUUAAAAAUACGAAAAAAAUUAGUAAGGCAUUAUUUUUUGGUGGAUUAUUUUCUUAUGAUCUUAUUUCUAAUUUCGAAUUAUUACCAAACUUAAAAAAAAAUCAAAAAUGUCCAGAUUUUUGUUUUUAUUUAGCAGAAACAUUGCUUAUUUUAGAUCACCAAAAAAAACUUGUUUAA